ACACAUUUACAUCAGCCGGCCCACUCAUUACCAUGUUUUAUAUCCUCCUGCGCGCAGAAAGCAUCAUGGCAAAGCGGCUCCAUCCUCCCCUCCUACUGAGAAGUCAUUGAACUUUCGGAGCAGGUGUCGCGCACAGAAACUCCCCCCCCAAAAAUCCUGGAACUUUAUUUAUUUUAAACUUAUUAUUCGAUUUUAAUCAGAAUUCAUUUUGACCAUCCCGUGCUUAUGUCGUGUUUUUAAUGUUCUCCAAAAUGGUUUCAAAGCUGACGUCCCUGCAGCAGGAGCUCCUGAGCGCCCUGCUGGACUCAGGAGUCACCAAAGAUGUUCUGAUCCAGGCGCUGGACGACAUGGACCCCAGCCCGCCGCCGCCGCAGGGCUUCGGGGUGAAGAUGGAGAACAUGUCCAUGUCGCCGGAUAAAAUGAACGGCGCCGACUCGGACUCCAAGCCCGUCUUCCACACGCUGACCAACGGACACGUCAAGGGAAAGCUGUCCGGGGACGAGGGCUCCGAGGACGGGGACGACUACGACACACCGCCGAUCCUAAAGGAGCUGCAGUCGCUGAACACGGAGGAGGCCGCGGAGCAGCGCGCGGAGGUGGACCGCAUGCUGGCAGAGGACCCAUGGCGAGCUGCUCGUAUGAUCAAAGGUUAUAUGCAGCAACACAACAUCCCCCAACGGGAAGUGGUGGACAUAACGGGGCUGAACCAGUCUCACCUCUCCCAGCACCUCAACAAAGGCACGCCCAUGAAAACUCAGAAGCGAGCUGCUCUCUACACCUGGUACGUCAGGAAGCAGCGGGAAAUUCUUCGACAGUUUAACCAGGCAGCACAAGCUUCUGUCGGCAGUUUGUCUGACAAAGGCAGCCAGGAUCCAGCCUUUUUCUACCCUGAGUACAACACGUCGGGUCCGGGCAUGGGUCAGUCUAACGAGGAGGUCGGCAGUGAGCCCCUUAGUAAAAAGAUGAGGCGGAACCGUUUCAAAUGGGGUCCUGCGUCCCAGCAAAUCCUGUACCAGGCCUACGAGCGGCAGAAAAAUCCCAGCAAGGAAGAGAGGGAGGCUCUGGUGGAGGAGUGCAACAGAGCUGAGUGUCUUCAGAGAGGUGUCUCCCCCUCCAAAGCUCAAGGACUCGGCUCUAAUCUGGUCACCGAAGUGAGAGUUUAUAACUGGUUUGCCAACAGACGCAAGGAGGAAGCUUUCAGGCAAAAGUUGGCCAUGGAUGCCAUCCAUGCCCCCUCGCACGGCAUCAACCCUCUGCUGUCGCACAGCUCACCUCAUCAUCCCCAGACCAGCGCUUCACCUCCAAUGCGUUACAGCCAAGGGCCUGGCGAAGUGUCCUCCUCCACCGCCAUCAGUCACCACAGCAACAACAGCCAGUCGGUGCUACAGCAGGUGUCUCCGGGAGGACUGGACCACAGCCACAGCCUGCUCUCACCUGAUGCCAAGAUGAUUUCAGGCUCAGGUGGAGGACUUCCUCCAGUCAGCACACUGACAAACAUCCACAGUUCCCAUCACAGCCACCAGCAGACACAGAACCUAAUUAUGCCUCUGUCUGGAGUCAUGGCUAUAGCACAGAGUUUAAAUACGUCACAGUCUCAGACGGUGCCAGUGAUCAACAGCGUGGCAGGGAGUCUCGCAGCUCUCCAGCCGGUGCAGUUUUCCCAGCAGCUCCACAGCCCCCACCAGCAGAGCUUGAUGCAGCAAUCUCCCAGCCACAUGAGCCAGCAGCCGUUCAUGGCCACAGUUUCACACUCACACAUGUACUCCCACAAACAAGAGCCCCCUCAAUAUUCUCACCCAUCACGUUUCCCCCCCGCCAUGGUGGUCACAGACGCCAACAGCAUCAGCACCCUCAGCUCAAUGUCCUCUAGCAAGACGGACGCUCCUGUAAACAAGAUGGUGCAACUCGGGGGUCUCUCCUGGUGUCCUCUUCAAGCUUGGUGAGAGCUUCCAACCGACUUCCCCGCUGCUCGGCAACCGGAGCACAUUUUUUCACCCCCUCGCUGAGGUUAACAUGAUAACUCUUAAUGGCCUGCCGCGUGCUGGACAACGAGUUAGUCAACAAACAUGGAUGAGCGGCGGCUGAGCAGGCGAGGCUGUGGAAGGGAGACAUUGGGGACAGAGUCUGGAUCCACCUCUGCAGCGCAUGAAUGAUCAACAAGGAUGUUUAUGAUUCAAACUUAAAUCUUUAAAAAAAACAGUGUUCAGUUGAAAAAGGAAAAAAAAAGUCAUCUUCUGUCGUCACACCAAGGAACAAAAGCACCAGAAAAGAAAAAAAACUCUGUUGACCUUAAAAAAAGGACUGGAUGACUUAAACUGGGAAAAUGAAGACAUUGAAAAAGAGAGGACUGGGGACACGUUGUCUGCACUCAAGUGACCCUCCUGACAAUCACAACCACUAUUGAUCUUCUGCAUACGUUUCUUUCUGGUCUUUAAAGGAGUCUUCCAUGUUUUUCUUUCACACUAGGUUUACUCUAUCAGCAUUACUGCAAAUUAUUGCUUUGAGUCAUUCAUUGUGUAUACUGUGAUUUGAAAAGACUUUGACAAUCUUAAAAGGGACUAUGCAAUGCUUUGUAUAACUGGAUUCUGCACAAAACUCCACACACUUGAGGCUGGAAGGAAAUAUGCACUAUAUAGCUGAUGUAUAUUCUUAAAAAAAAAAAAAAGGUGUAAAAAUAACAACAAAAAAAAGUCCAGAUUUGCCUGUGUGACAAAUAUACCAAAGUGAUUUUUGCCUCAGUCUGGAGAGCACUGACUCACCCUCUAUGCUUUCAAUGGGGCCCUUCCCUUCCAUGGAAACCUCUGGCUCUUGUUUGCUCACAAGCUCAGGUGAAUUUCAGGAAUGGGACUCACCCUUCACCAGCCCUUUAUGUUCUACCCUUUAUCACCCACUUCCUGCCAGCACCGUAAAAUAGGACAAAUAUUGUUAAUAACUCCUUGUCGUGAAUCACGGCUCAAUAUUAAAGAGCCCUCCCUGCUGCCACAUGGAAUAAAAAUAUUGACAGGUAUUCAGAAAGCAAGCAAACAUUAAAGAGGGGACGGGUGUUGUGACAGCUGUGGCUUAAAAAUCAUAUAGGAAUGCUGGAAAAUCUGGGAGUCUGGACCAAUCCGCCCACGGUGACAGUAUUACAGUUCGCUCAGACAGAAAACAUUUUGCUCCAGAGCCAAGUUUAGCCCUCGCCUUCGAUUUUCCCUUUUCGCUACGACUCGACUCAUCACAUCUAGACUCAUCCAGCCUCCUGCUCAUUAAUAGGUCAUCAUGUAGUCGUUAUUGUGACUGUUAUUGGCAUAUCUGAUCAGAGGGCACUUGUACCUGUGUGACCAGACAUGAUUUCUCUCUUUUUUUUCCUCCUCCUAAUGUAUUAUUUUUGUACAAAAUUGAAAUCAAUCAUAAAUCAUUAUUUAUACUUACUGAGAAAA